ACAGCACGCGCUUCAGCGCACGGGGCGAGGUUGGACGGCAGCCCUUUCUGGGGUGUGACCCGGGACAGGGAACCCAGCCGGGCGCCCCUCGCCACUGUGAACUGGGGGUGUCUGCGCCGAGCUCUGCAGCCUCAGUUUCCAGCCAGCAGCACCGUCUCCAGUUCAGUAUCCAAACCCCACACCGUGUUCACAUUCCCCCACGGACGCAAGCACGGCCUCACGGCGCAUUUGUCUGGCCUGACGGCGACCAAGACAGAUCCCCGAGGAGCCAGGUCCCCGAGGAGCCAGGUCCCCGAGGAGCCAGAUCCCCAAGGAGCCAGGUUCCUGAGGAGCCAGGUUCCCGAGGAGCCAGGUCCCCGAGGAGCCAGAUCCCCAAGGAGCCAGGUUCCUGAGGAGCCAGGUUCCCGAGGAGCCAGGUCCCCGAGAAGCCAGGUCCCCGAGAAGCCAGAUCCCCGAGGAGCCAGAUCCCCAAGGAGCCAGGUUCCUGAGGAGCCAGGUCCCCGAGGAGCCAGAUCCCCAAGGAGCCAGGUUCCCGAGGAGCCAGGUCCCCGAGAAGCCAGAUCCCCGAGGAGCCAGAUCCCCAAGGAGCCAGGUUCCCGAGGAGCCAGGUCCCCGAGAAGCCAGAUCCCCGAGGAGCCAGAUCCCCAAGGAGCCAGGUUCCCGAGGAGCCAGGUCCCCGAGAAGCCAGAUCCCCGAGGAGCCAGAUCCCCAAGGAGCCAGGUUCCCGAGGAGCCAGGUCCCCGAGAAGCCAGAUCCCCGAGGAGCCAGAUCCCCAAGGAGCCAGGUUCCCGAGGAGCCAGGUCCCCGAGAAGCCAGAUCCCCGAGGAGCCAGAUCCCCAAGGAGCCAGGUUCCCGAGGAGCCAGGUCCCCGAGAAGCCAGAUCCCCGAGGAGCCAGAUCCCCAAGGAGCCAGGUUCCCGAGGAGCCAGGUCCCCGAGAAGCCAGAUCCCCGAGGAGCCAGAUCCCCAAGGAGCCAGGUUCCCGAGGAGCCAGGUCCCCGAGAAGCCAGAUCCCCGAGGAGCCAGAUCCCCAAGGAGCCAGGUUCCCGAGGAGCCAGGUCCCCGAGAAGCCAGAUCCCCGAGGAGCCAGAUCCCCAAGGAGCCAGGUUCCCGAGGAGCCAGGUCCCCGAGAAGCCAGAUCCCCGAGGAGCCAGAUCCCCAAGGAGCCAGGUUCCCGAGGAGCCAGGUCCCCGAGAAGCCAGAUCCCCGAGGAGCCAGAUCCCCAAGGAGCCAGGUUCCCGAGGAGCCAGGUCCCCGAGAAGCCAGAUCCCCGAGGAGCCAGAUCCCCAAGGAGCCAGGUUCCCGAGGAGCCAGGUCCCCGAGAAGCCAGAUCCCCGAGGAGCCAGAUCCCCAAGGAGCCAGGUUCCCGAGGAGCCAGGUCCCCGAGAAGCCAGAUCCCCGAGGAGCCAGAUCCCCAAGGAGCCAGGUUCCCGAGGAGCCAGGUCCCCGAGAAGCCAGAUCCCCGAGGAGCCAGAUCCCCAAGGAGCCAGGUUCCCGAGGAGCCAGGUCCCCGAGAAGCCAGAUCCCCGAGGAGCCAGAUCCCCAAGGAGCCAGGUUCCCGAGGAGCCAGGUCCCCGAGAAGCCAGAUCCCCGAGGAGCCAGAUCCCCAAGGAGCCAGGUUCCCGAGGAGCCAGGUCCCCGAGAAGCCAGAUCCCCGAGGAGCCAGAUCCCCAAGGAGCCAGAUCCCCGAGGAGCCAGAUCCCCAAGGAGCCAGGUUCCCGAGGAGCCAGGUUCCCGAGGAGCCAGGUCCCCGAGGAGCAGCCGCUGGGCUCUCGGAAGGCAGCCCAGGAGGCCGCAGUCUGCAGUCACACUGGCAGCUGGACAGGCCGGCUGGGUCAUGGGGGCGCCGGGGAGCCCUGGGCGGGACAGUGGGGGCCUGUGAGCAUGUGGCGCUGGAGGUGUCCCCGCCAAGUGAGGGCUUCGGGUGCCAGUUUCGGGCUCGUCACCCCGGUACGGACCUGCCCACGUCUCACAGUCACAGUGAAGUGUUGGGGCCGGCCAUCCGUGCCCCACACGCAGUCGUUUUUAAUACCAAAGACCCUCCCCUCUCAGGGUUGUUUCACUGUCACCAGGUCGCUGACCGACCCCUGCAGGUUAGUGUCAGACCCGCGGGGCCGGGCACACACCUGUCGCCUCUGUGUUUAGUGAGAGCCGUCCUUGGACUCGGAGUGAUAUCUGGACUUUGGACUUUGCAAAAAGAAGUGCGACGGCAUUUCGGGGCCACGGCGGCCACCAUGUUCUGCUGGAUGACGGCCUCGCAGUUCCACCUGAUGUUCUACUGCACGCGGACGCUCCCCAACGUGCUGGCGCUGCCCGUGGUGCUGCUGGCCCUGGCGGCCUGGCUGCAGCAGCGGUGGACCCGCUUCAUCCGGCUCUCAGCACUGGCCAUCCUGGUCUUCCGGGCCGAGCUGAGCCUGCUCUGGGUGCCCGCCGGCCUGCUCUGCCUCGGACUGACGGUGGCGGUGGACUCCUAUUUUUGGCGCUACCUUGUGUGGCCGGAAGGAACUGUGCUCUGGUAUAACACCGUCCAGAACAAAAGCUCUAACUGGGGAACCUCGCCCCUGCUGUGGUACUUCUACUCGGCCCUGCCCCGGGGCCUGGGCAGCAGCCUGCUGUUCGUGCCCCUGGGCCUCGUGGACAGAAGGGCCUGGGCCUUGCUCCUGCCGGCACUGGGGUUCGUGGCCCUGUACUCGCUGCUCCCCCACAAGGAGCUGCGUUUCAUCAUCUACACCUUCCCCCUGCUGAACGCCGUGGCCGCCCGGGGCUGCGCCUACCUGCUGAACAACUACAAGAAGUCCUGGCUAUACCGAGCAGGCUCCCUCCUCGUGCUCGGGCACCUCGCGCUGAACGCCGCCCACUCGGCCACGGCCCUCUACGUGUCCCACUUCAACUACCCUGGUGGCGUGGCCAUGCAGCGGCUGCACGAGCUGGUGCCCCCCCGGACAGACGUUGUCCUGCACAUCGAUGUGGCUGCUGCACAGACGGGCGUGUCUCGGUUCUUGGAGGUCAACGGCGCCUGGAGAUAUGAGAAGAGGGAGGAUGUGCAGCCUGGGUCGGAGCACAUGCUGGCCUACACACACCUGCUCAUGGAGGCGGCCCCUGAGCACCUGGCCCUCUACAGGGACACACACCGGGUGCUGGCCAGUGUCCCUGGCACCACGGGGGUGAGUCUGAACCUGACCAGACUGCCUCCCUUCAACGUCAACCUGCAGACAAAGCUGGUGCUUCUGGAGAGACGUCUCAGGCCCUCCUGAGGGAACGCCUAGCGCCUGAUGAGAACAGCACAGGCACGACCACACACAUGACGUGCCUCCUACACAGGCCCUGGAAGGCCGGCCAAAGCCACCCCCGCCACCCCUGAGACAGGGACCCCACGUUUGCACUGCACACCAGGGGGCCUGGGCACAGCCGGCUGCCCUGGGAAGCUGCUUUGGGGAGGCAGCCACAUCUGCUGCCCGUGGUGGGCCUGAGCACCUAACCAAGUGCAGCCUUUGGGAAGGUCACGUGUCUGUAGCUGUGAAGCCGGAGCCUUCGCACCUGCUGGGUGGCGUACCCCGACCUGAAUCCCAUGCUGGGCGAAUUUUUCUCCAUCGUCCCAGGGACACAGUUCCAUCACGAGGAAAUUUCAGACAUACACGUUCAAGUGGGAUGAGAAUUAAAGUUUGUACAUCUUUUCUU